AUGACUGCACCGACGAUCGCUCAAGCUCUUGUCACUGGAUGGAUCGCUCGCUUCGGUGUGCCGCAUAACAUCACGACAGACAUAGGACGCCAGUUUGAAUCGUCCUUAUUUUCUGAGUUGGUUCGCCUGCUCGGAAUCACCCAUCUGCGGACAACGGCGUAUCACCCCCAAUCGAAUGGCAUCAUCGAACGAUGGCAUAGAACGUUAAAAGCAGCCAUUCUUUGUCACGAUCCGAACCGAUGGACUGAACACUUGCCGGUGAUCUUGCUUGGUUUGCGAACAACCCAUAAAGAAGACAUCGGAGCAUCACCAGCUGAGAUGGUGCACGGAACCACCCUUCGCAUACCAUCCGAGUUCUUCAUCGACAACGCCUUAAGUCGGACCGAAGCAGAUUUCGUCGUAAAGCUACGAGAAGCUAUGCGUGAUCUGCGUCCCAAGGACACGGCAUGGCAUGGGAACCGACCUGUUUUUGUGCAUCAAGAUCUGCAGACCUGCAAACACGUGUUCAUUCGCAACGAUUCUGUGCGUCCGUCGUUGUCUCCCCCGUACGAUGGUCCGUUCAAGGUGCUGAGUCGGAACAGCAAGCAUUUCAAGGUGGACGUCAAGGGACGGACGACGAAUGUUUCCAUCGACCGAUUGAAACCUGCUUACACGAUGGACGAGCAGCAACCGUCGCAAAGUAGCUCUAGUCCCGCGCCAACAGCCUCGGCUACAAUUCCACCGACUAGGGUCACUCGUUCCGGGCGACGAGUUGUCAUCCCCCUUCGCUACCGCUAG